GGAAAAGUAAAACGACCCGCGCAGAGUCAGCAUCAAGCGACUGCAACGACAAGGCAGCGAAGGAACCAAAGAAAAAGAAGAGCAUAAAAAAGUAAAAGAGAGAAGGGCCAAAGAGGGGGGGGGGGGGGGGGGGAAAGAAAAAAAAUCAUCUAAUCAAAGGAAUCAUCGUCCUCUUUUUCUUUAAUUUAAUUCCAGUUGUAACCCCUAACUCCUGAUAGAAAAAUGAGCGACAAUCUUAUGGACAAAGUUAGCUCCUUGAGCGAGCGGUUGAAGAUAAGCGGGACCGAGGUUGGCCGUAAGAUGUCGGCCGGCAUGAGCUCCAUGAGCUUCAAGGUAAAAGAGUUUUUCCAAGGCCAGAACCCCGCAGAGAAGAUCGUCGAGGAGGCCACCUCGGAGAACAUGGACGGCCCGGAUUGGUCAGCCAACCUCGAGAUCUGCGACAUGAUAAAUAGCGAGAAGGUCAACAGCGUCGAGCUGAUCCGUGGCAUCAAGAAGCGGAUCAUGCUGAAGAACCCCAUGGUGCAGUAUCUUGCCCUCGUUCUUCUUGAGACGUGCGUGAAGAACUGCGAGAAGGCUUUCUCUGAGGUUGCUGCUGAGAGGGUUCUUGAUGAGAUGGUUAAGUUGAUCGACGAUCCGCAGACUGUGGUGAAUAAUAGGAACAAGGCUCUUGUCCUUAUCGAAGCAUGGGGCGAGUCCGGUGAUGAGCUCCGGUACCUGCCAGUAUACGAGGAAACUUAUAAGAGCUUGAAAUCUAGAGGAAUUCGUUUCCCUGGACGAGACAAUGAGAGUUUGGCUCCAAUAUUUACUCCGCCACGCUCAAUUUCAGAGACAGAGUCAUAUGCCAAUGUCACUAACCCAACUUACCAUGAGGUUGCUGUUCAUAGUUUCACAGCUGAACAAACCAAGGAAGCAUUUGAUGUGGCUCGCAACAGUGUCGAGCUUCUUUCAACUGUGCUCUCUUCUUCCCCACAGAAAGAAGCUUUACUGGAUGACUUAACUACCACCCUAGUACAACAGUGCCAGCAAUCUCAAUACACAAUUCAGAGAAUCAUUGAAUCUGCUGGAGACAAUGAGGCCCUGCUCUUCGAAGCCCUGAAUGUUAAUGAUGAGGUGCAGAAGGUGCUCUCUAAGUAUGAGGAGAUGAACAAACCAACUGUGGCGCAGCCUGAGCCCGAGCCCGCCAUCAUUCCGGUUGCAGUUGAGCCCGAUGAAUCCCCUCGCGUAGGGAAUGAAGAGGACGCCCUCGUCAGAAAGCCCGCUGCUUCACGAGCAAAAUCGAGUGGUGGAGAUGAUGAUAUUCUUCAUGAUCUUGAUGAGAUGAUCUUUGGAAAGAAGGGCGGGAGCAGCACAUCUCACGAUCAUGAUCAGAAAAAGGAUCAGCACAAGGAUGAUCUUAUCUCCUUCUGAAUGAAUACCUCUCUCUCUCUCUCUCUUUCUCUCUUUCUCUUUCUCUCUCUCUCUCUCUCUCUCUCUGGACUUCCAUAGUUAAUUCUGUGCUUGCUGGGCUUUUCUCACUGUUGAAGAUAUUCGAGCUUUCAUGCUAUGUAGAGGGAGAAUAUUAUUCUUUUCCAUUGUCGGAGCUCCAUACUGUUGCUGGAGUUUGGUUUUAUUUACGUAGCUCUUGGCUUUCUUAUACUGGAACCUGAAAAACGAUAAUAGAUUCUUCACAUGAUUGUAUAGGAUUGGUGUAGCAGCCUUCAUGAUUCACAGUCAACAUAUGUGAUUUACAGUUCUAUCACCAGUUAUUAAUAAUUUGACAGCGUUGAAAAUAA